GCAACAACACUGUCACUUUUGAAUCCAAAAGAAGAAAUACAAGAACUUUCACUUCCUCCACGUAAUCACCAACAACAACAAUACUUAGUCAACAUGAAGACCUUCACUAUCGCUUCCAUCAUUGCUCUGGCUUCGGUCGGCUCUGCCCAGCUCGGCAACAUCCCCUCUUGCGCUUUGUCUUGCUUCAUCGGCCCCCUCGGAUCUGACGGUUGUUCGUCCCUCACCGACUUCAAGUGUCAUUGUCAGAAGGGCGCCCAGUUGCUCUCUAGUGUGCAACCCUGUGUACAGGGUGCGUGCUCAGCCUCUGACCAGGCCUCCACCAUUUCCGCGGUACAGAAGACCUGCCAGGAUGCUGGUGCCCCCAUUGAAAUCCCUGGGGCUGGAGCCGCUUCUUCUGCUGUAGCGAGUGUUUCUUCCGCCGCCCAAUCGGCGGUCUCAUCCAAGGCCGCAGAGGCGUCCAGUGUUGCUAGUGCGAUCUCAUCAGCGAUUGCUUCCGCCACUUCGGCGGCUGCUUCCAAGGUUUCCUCGGGCGUUGCCGGUGCUACCAGUGCUCUCUUGCCCUCCGCUGCUCCCUCUUCUUCUCCCUCCCAGUUCACCGGCGGUGCCCCCAUCGCAACCCAGGCGGCUGGUCUCUUUGGCGCAGCUGCAUUGGCCAUGCUCGCCUUGUAAACUCGAUGCUAUGGAAUGUCUUGAAAAGGUCGUGGCCUGACGAUAAUGAGUUGGAUGUGGACAUGGUCUUGGGCAUUUGUACAAUACGAAAAGUCAACUUGACGUAGGAACUUAAUACAGGAUUGUCGAACCAGCC